CUUAUUUUGUUGCUUGGUUAAACGAACAGCAAACAAAUACGGAGCUAUUUUUACGAUAUGCUUUUUGGAGAAAUGAUAAUAAGGUUGGUGAUGAGUAACUGUUUGAAAUUCGAACUGGGAGCCCAACCCAUCAUUGCUCUCUGUUAAUAUUUCAGCGAAAGAUAAAUUUCAGAUGAUCAAAUGAAGUGUUGUAGAUAGUGUUGAGCAUGGCGGGCGGUGUGUCGCUUCUGGCAGCUUGCGGAGGGGACAGCGUAAAGCUCUUUGAUGUAUCGGUGGAAGCAGGGGAUCCUUGCUCUUUUCAUUACACUCCUACGCCAGCCUCCCAAAUUAACUGCGCCAAAUGGAACCAUACCAAUCUCGUAGUUGCCAGUGCGGGUGAGGAUCGGAAAAUCUCUCUGUGGAUGAAGAAUGGGCAGAGCGUGACAACUGUCUCGCAAUCCGUUAACGAUGGCGGCGAUUAUAUCGACGAGUCAAUUUUGGCCAUUUGCUUCAGCAGCAAGGGUUCCAGAUACCUAUGCUCAGGUGGUACAGGGAAAGUUGUUAGGAUCUGGGAUUUGCAACGGAGGAGAUGCAUCAAAUGGUUGAAAGGGCACACAGACACAAUUACAGGAGUGAUGUAUAAUUGCAAAGAUGAGCAUUUAGCAUCCAUCAGUCUUAAAGGGGAUCUAAUUCUUCAUAAUCUUGCUUCUGGGGCAAGGGCUGCAGAAUUGAAGGAUCCACAUGAGCAGGUCCUUAGAGUGCUGGAUUACUCUCGAUCAAGCAGACAUAUCUUGGCAACUGCAGGGGAUGAUGGUUCAGUACAUAUCUGGGAUACUAUUAGUCGUUCUCCUAAGAUUUCUUGGUUAAAGCAACAUUCAGCACCUACAUCCGGUGUUUGUUUUUCACCUUCCAAUGAUAAGAUUGUUGUUAGUGUGGGCCUGGAUAAGAAGCUCUACUUAUAUGAUCCAGCGGUAAAAAAGCCCGUGUUUUGUGUUCCAUGUGAAGCACCAUUUUCUUCAUUGGCUUUCAAAGAUGAUGGUUUGACAAUAGCUGCUGGGACUAAUAGUGGGCGUGUUGUAUUUUAUGAUGUUCGGGGAAAACCACAACCUUUUACAAUUCUUCGUGCUUAUAAUACUUCGGAGGCAGUUACUAGCUUAUGUUGGCAGUGGUCGAAGCCCAUACUUGUGAAUGAUGUAAACUGCUCACUUGAGGCUGCUCUUCUAGGAGGAACAGGGGAAGAUUCAAUUCUUAUGCCAGAUCCACUUCCUGCAUCUACGAACUCAUCCCAUGGUUCCACUUCCAUGUCAGCUGCACCUGCUCGUACUUCUGGACGUCUUGCUUUCAGCACAACAGAUAAUUCUCCCAUAGGUGUGGUAUCGCCUGCUAAACGAUCACCAGUAGAGGAGAGUCAAGAUGGGAAUCAUUUGUGGACUAAUGGGACAGUUUCACGGUUACAGACCAGUAAUAAUUUCAAUUUUAAGGAUGACAUGGAGGUCUUUUCCCCUUUGGUGGAUGUUCAACCAAUUACUCCCUCUGUUGGAAGCUUCUGGGACAAUCGUGAUGAUCUGAAGAAAGAAGGCACUCUCAGUGACAAUUCUCGAAAGCCAGCCUGGGUCCCAUCACCAUCAAGUUCUGUAAGGAGAUUUCCCUCAAUUGAAGAACUGGGCCCUGAAUCUUACCUAUCCUUUGAGCGGAAAUCAAGCUUAAGACAGGAAGAUUCCCAAAUGAGGAAUUCAUCACCAAAGCUAGCUACUCCUCCGCCUGGGAUAUCUUUGAAGAGUGAUAGAUCUCCAUCUGUGACACCUCCAGAAGCCUGGGGCGGAGAUCUACAAAUGGAAAAGUUUAGCAUUCGUCAACACUCUGUUCAUAAUAUAUCAAGAUUUUCCUCUUCUUCGCCUCUGGAUUCUGGUCCUAUUUUAUCUAGCACAGUCUCGUCUGUCUCACAGGAUAGAUUGCCGUCUACCAUCUCUGGUAUAGCAGAUUUAUCAACAAAUGUGCAUUUAAUUAGUUCGCAAACCACAGGAACAGUGUUGACAAACACGGAGAAUGUUGCAAGUUCUGAAACUCUGCCUUCACUCACAAUUAGUGGAGUUUCUUCUUCCUUAAUAUCAAAACACACAACAGGACAGUCUAAUAGUGAAAUAUCAACAACAAUGCCAAUGGGGCUACCAAAGAAGUACAUGGCGUAUGUUGACAGAAAAGCAAAUUCCAGUUUGUCCAGGGGUAUUUCAUUUCCUGGUGAUGGAUCUUUGCCUAGUGCAGGCUCACCUAAACAAAAGAAAACAGGUGCAGAGAAAAGGGAGGAUAGAAACAGUCUGGAUACAAACUUGGAUGGAAAAAAGGAGCUAGAGAAUAUAGCUUACAUAAGGCCGGAUGUUACUUCAACUACAGUUUCUUCUAUACCAAUCAAUUUGGAACACAGUCAACAAGGGCACUCAUCAUUUGCACUUCAGUUGGUACAACGCACACUUGAGGAAAGUCUUGGUUCUGUACAGAGGGCAAUCCAUGAAGAUGUACAGAAUCUUCACCUUGAACUAUUACGCCAAUUUCACUUACAGCAGACAGAAAUGAGUACCUUUAUGAAAAAGGUGCUGGAAAAGCAAUCAGAUUUAAUGAAAGAAGUGCAAGCCCUACGAAUAGAAAAUGAGCAGAUGCGCCGGCUUCUUUAGAAAAAGAGCUUUGCAUUUUUGUACAGGCUUCAGAGAUAAGAGAUAUGUUGCAAUAUCCUUGCUGAGGAAUGUGAAUUUGGAGUUAACUAAUUAUUCAUGAGUUCAGUAUGCGAUUUGUCUCAGAAUUGCCUCUGUGUUACACUAUCUGGUUUCAGGCCUUUCUAUUGUUCUAGUAGAUCAUGACUGAGGCCAUACAAGCGUUGGUAGUAGAUGUUAUGACAUUAAUUUCAAUUAUACCUUACCAAUUUUUUCAAUACUCCAACAUGGAUUUCUUCACUAAUUGUAUUUCUUGGGGCAAGGCUUUGUACGUGGAUGAAUUUCCCCUACAAGCUGGGACACAAAUGAACAGUAUCCGGAGAGUUUGUUGUGGUGGUGGGGGUGAGGUGCGAUAGGGAAGUGUGUGUAUAAAUAGAGAAGUGGGCUGGUUGCUUAUUUUCUUGUUUAGAGCAGAUAACGAGGACUUCCAGUCAGUAAAUGGGAAGUAGUUUAAUCUUUA